AUGCCCAAGAUUAAGCACACUGCCCAGAAGGACUCUGCUGUCUCAUCCGCUCAUGCCGCUCUUGGCACGGGGUCGGAUGACACUGAUGUACCACGCCGUCCCUUCAAACGGGUCACCUGCCGUUCUCCUCCACAGCCCAGAUCCUGGUCUGAUGGCUCUGACUUCGAGGAUGAGCUUGCAGCGGAGGAACGUGUUGAAUACAUUGCUGUUCGGAAAACUGUGCCGAAGCCGGGGACUCGCAAGCCCUCAUAUAUGCCAUCCCCUCCUCCAGAACAGCCAGCAAGUGAUGCUCGAUUAUGCUACUGGCUGUAUGCGUCCGGGUCAGAAGCUGGCGUGGGCGUCCACGGAGCGUCGGGCCAACACCAAGAGAUGGAGGCCGAGAGAGCGCGUGCUCCCGCGCACAAGGCCGCGGCGACCGGCGGGGAGUUCUGCUGCGUCGGGACGUGGGGUGGUGGCACCGGGAAGCCGGCGAGGCGGGGAUGGCGUGCGCCCGCGGCCGAGGUGGUGGUCGUCGCGCUGCUGGCUACCAUGGCGCUGCUCGUGCUGGCGUUCGGCGCCGGCGGCGCGCGCGGCCUGCUGCCAUCCUCUUUGCAAGGAGUACAGUUCGUGCGAAAGCCAGUCCACGCGACAUCACCCGUGCGUGCGGCGGCUGACCGUGACAAGCCGGCGUCGUCGCCUCGGCGCGACCAGGACGACCGCCUCCUCGGCGGGCUGCUCUCCCCGGCCUUCGACGAGCAGUCGUGCCGUUCCCGGUACGCGUCGCCGUCCCUCUACCGCCGUCCGUCGCGGUUCCGCCCGUCGCCCUACCUCGCGGCGCGCCUCCGGCGGUACGAGGCCCGGCACAGGCGGUGCGGCCCCGGGACGCCGCUCUUCGAGGAGGCCGUCGAGCGCCUGCGCUCCGGCCGCAACGCCGCGCGCUCCGAGUGCCAGUACGCGGUCUGGACGCCGUUCAACGGCCUCGGCAACCGCAUGCUCGCGCUCGCCUCCACGUUCCUGUACGCGCUGCUCACCGACCGCGUCCUGCUCGUGCACGCGCCGCAGGAGUUCGACGGCCUCUUCUGCGAGCCUUUCCCCGGCAGCUCCUGGACGCUGCCCGCCGGCUUCCCGAUCGCUGACUUCGACGGCAUCUUCACCAUGUUGUCGCCGACGAGCUACAAGAACAUGAAGAAGGCCGGCGCGAUAAACGGCGGUGACCAUGUCAAUGUGACCGCCGAGACGCUGCCAGCCUACGUGUUCCUCGACCUCAUCCAGUCCUACACCGACGCCGCCUUCUGCGAGGCCGACCAGCGCGUGCUCGCCAAGUUCAACUGGAUGGUGGUCAAGUCUGACGUCUACUUCGCCACCGCUUUCUUCCUCAUGCCGGCGUACCGGCGCGAGCUCGCGCGGCUGUUCCCGGAGAAGGAGGCUGCGUUCCACCACCUCGCGCGGUACCUCUUCCACCCGUCCAACGACGUGUGGGGGAUCAUCCGUCAAUUCCACGAGGCCUACCUCGCCGGGGCAGACGAGCGCGUCGGCCUCCAGGUGCGCGUGUUCCCGGAGCUGCCGGUGCCGUUCGAGACCAUGUACGGCCAGAUCAUGCGUUGCUCGGAGCAGGAAGGGUUGCUGCCCAAGGUCGCCCGGCAGGAUGCCGCCGCGCCGUCGCCGGACGGCGGGAAGAUGAAGCUGACAUCGAUACUGGUGACGUCCCUGUCCCCGGAGUACUACGAGCGCAUCCGCGGCGUGUACCACGCCAACCGGACGGAGAGCGGGGGAUACGUGGCGGUGCACCAGCCGAGCCACGACGGCGCGCAGCACACGGAGGCGCGCGGCCACAACCAGAGGGCGCUGGCGGAGAUAUACCUGCUGAGCUUCUGCGACCGCAUCGUGACGACGGCCGUGUCGACGUUCGGGUACGUGGCGCACGGGCUGGCUGGGGUGAGGCCGUGGGUGCUCCUGCGGGCGCCGGCGCCGGAGACGCCUGCGGAGCCGGCAUGCGUCCGGUCGUUGACCGUGGAGCCCUGCAUGCAGGCAGCGCCGAGACAGAUGUGCGGUGCGGCGAAAGGGAGCGACAUUGGUGCUCUCGCAUCUUAUGUCCGGCACUGCGAGGACGUGCAUGGAGGCGUCAAGCUAUUCAGCUAGCGCGCCCAUUUGUUUUUUUCUGUGUAGAUACCUUAGCUGCCGAUGGGCGAAACGUUGGGUUAUUCGGUGUA